UUUGGUUCGGCAAAUUGGCAUAAACAUUGUGCAAGGGCUACAAGCUGUGGCCCUGGCGCCAACGCAUCAGAUGCAGCAGCAGGAGAUCCUGAACAUUGCAAUGCAGAAGAGCUGUGUGCACUGUGCACCUCAGCAGCACCUGUGUGUUUGCAAUGGUUGAAAUUCGAGCAACUGGUUAGGCUGCAUCUUAUGAGUAUGAGCCAUGACAGGUUCUCCAGUUUGUUGGGUGAGCUGAUUCAGGGUACGUCCUAGCAGAUGUGUUUGCACUGCUCGAUCCAAAAAAGCACGUCAUUAACAAUAGGGAUGAGGAGAGCGCCUGUCAUUCUGUAGCUUUUCAUCGAUACAGGAAUGCGACGAAGUGCUCCUUUAAUGCCAGGACAUGAUCUGUGACUGGUUGGCAGAAUAGAUACUUAGCUUUGAAAAAGAAGGGGGGCGCGCAGUGAAACGAAUGAGAUAACCUUCUCAAGGAAGCCUUCAGAUCGUCAAUUCUUCCAUUGAGCUGUCAUCCUGCUGGAAAACUGCUGGUUCAAGCCGCUGUGACAUAGCUCCAAUUAAUCUGAGAAAUAGCAGGAGGGACCAUGGCGACCAACACUGGAAAAGCAGUCACAAUGGAGUCUCGAAUUCUGCAGAGUGAAGAGAUUCUCAGGGCAAAGCAAGAGCAGAUACGGAAAUUCAUUGAGGCUAAUUAUGGGCAGAUCCUUGACCGACAGAAAGAGAUUCAACAAGUGGAGGCUGAAUUGGCGGCUCUGCAGAUGGAAGCCAAACAGACUGUAAACCCAAGAAAACAAGCUUUGGAGUUUCUUCGCAAGAAGAUCGAACAACAAGGCGAGAGGACCUCGCAAGCAAAAGCAAAAGAAGUACAAACAAAGAAGGCUUACGAGGAUGCCGUACAAAUAGCGCGUGCUGAGGAGCAAGAAAAGGAGAAGCUGUCCAAUGAGCUGCAAGCGCUAGUUCAGGAGACAGCUUCCUCCCAGCUCGAACGGCUUGAACAACUGACCCGGCGUUUGGAGCUCCUUAGCGGAGGAGCGCACUCGCUUCUUCAAGCUUCAUCGCAAGAUGGCAAUAAGAGUUCGGAAACCCAGCAGGCGGAACUGCCACCGAAAGCCUCAGAUAGAAGUACAGCUACACCUACAGAAUCCAGUAAAGUCAACUACAAACUAGACGAAUGA